AUGAGCGCUGACUACCCCGAGAACUACCUACCACCCCCCUCCUACGACGAGACUGUUUCGACCGCCGCUCGUCAGCCACCGUUUCCUCGCCCAGAAUCCUUACAGACAUACCGCAUCACAGUCGGUUCUGACGCGGCGUCCCUGUCACUCCCUUUUCCCGACCCCGCCGACUUCUGGCAGGGCCGGGACAUCAUCAGCCAGGACUGGAGCGAUUUCGCCUCCAACAUCACAGCCGCGCCGACCGGCGAUGGCGAGGCUUUGAACGACCAAAAGCAGGUCGACAAGGAUGCCUACCACAGAAAUGCUGCUUUAUUAGGAUUCCUAGGUCUUUUAGGAAAUAAGUACGCCAUUAAGUAG